CAAUAUAACUAUUACAUAAUAACUACAAUAUACUUUGUAUCAUGACAUCAAGUAAUAUAAUUUUAACUAUAAUUUACUUUGUAUCAUAAUGCCAAGUAAUAUAAAAAGGUAGAGUUUGGUGAGUGCUUUAAGAGUGGUGAGCUCCAUGGUGUGGGAGCACAACGAGACGUGAUUUCUGGUGGGCACAGGGUGUUUUUAGCCGGAAGUGACUUCCCACCUUGAUGUGGAAGGAUAGACAAUGUUUCCCUGGGAAGAUGUAAAGAAAAGGAAGAGUAUAAGCCAGAGAUACGGUAAGAGGGCUUGGGGAACCCAUAGCCUGUUUGACAGGAACACAGAUAAGAAGUCUGCAGAUAGGUGGUAGAGAGAAUUUAAGAAUGGAGUGUUCAAUGGCAUUUUAAGGAACUUCGACUUCAUAGUAUAGGCUUUAGAGAUUUUGGUGUAGGAAUGAAAUAAAGGCUUAACUUUAAGAAAAUAAUGUGUAGAUUGAAGUUUUCAGGUGAAGAAUAAGUACAUUAAUUUGGAGCUGACUGGAACAGUUCAAAAGAAAUGCACUAUUAAUUUAAAUUGAAUGACUUAAAUUGAACAAUUUAACAAAUCUUCUGAGAUGAGUUUUGAAUCAUGGUAGUUUACAGUUAUAAAGAAGAUUUUAUUUCAAAAAUGACUGGUGGACAAAGAAAUGAGAAUGGGGGUCCAAAGAUAUUUCUCCAUCACUGAUGUGCUUAGUAAACAAGCUUUCUGCUCUGUUUUCUCAACUGUAAAAUGGGUUUAGCAACUACCUAAUGGGUUUAACAAAGGUUAUGUUAGUGAUGCAUUGCAUACUAAGUGAGAGAACCCUGGAAAGAAACAUGUGUUGAAUGUGUAAAAUAGUAUUUACUUAGAAUAUUUUUAAUAAUAAAAUUAUUUUAUCUGAACAAGAUACAGAGUCAUAAGAAAAUAGUUCAUGGGACUAUUAGAUUGCAGUGAGAUUAUUAAACUUUGUGUGAAGCUAUUAAAUAAGUGGUCUACAUUGGCAAAACAAAUCUCUGACUUUUGAUGCCUCAUUUCUCUCCUAAAGUGGAUGCAGGUAGUGGACCAGGGGAACUGACGAUCUCUGGCUGUACCAUUUUGUGAUUCUGUGCUUCUUGUCUGAAGCAAACUUCAUUUAGGCUGAGCAGUUGAGAUACUAUCAUAAAGUCCAUAGGUUUCUGGCUGGGAGUAAAAGACAGAUGGCCAUCACUCCAUGGAUCCAGGACUCCUUUUCAGAAGACUGAUAGCUCCUUUCACUCUCAUAAUGAUUUACACCGUGUCAGUGGGGCGCUGAAUCCAGUGAUUUGAAGGUAGAGAUAAGGAGAAAGAUUGUGCUUCCUUUCUUCCUUUCUUUUGUUCUAAGGGGAUAUAGAAGGGGAGACAGUUGCAAAAAGAAAAAAAAGGCAAUGACUUAUUGGAGUAGGGAUUGAGAGAAAAGACCAAGUACACUCAAGAAUAUUAAUUUCGGUAGCAAUAAAUUUCCAGUGCUAAUGCCGUGCUCCUGAGAGUGUUAUGUGGUGGCUCAUGUCUACCCUUUGUGUUUGGAGCAAAAAAGUACAGGGAGAGGGUGACACCCAGCUCUUUUGCAGGGAAAACAUCGCUGCUGGUGGUUGGGUAGUCUAUUCCUCAAACAAAUAGGUAGUUCAAGCUGAGUUUGCAACAAAAGAGAUUCAUAGAAAAACGUUUUCUAGGAAAAGAGAAGCCAGAAAGCAGAGGUUUGCUCACUGUGGCAUUCAUGUUGCACAAGCAGUAUUAAGUAGUUGAGUAUUAAUCAUGUGGUUCACAAAUUAUUUUCCAGUUUCACUUCUCUCGCACCAUCUGGAUUCUGUCCACUUCACUCCUCCCUCAGCACUUGGAAAAGCAGUAAAAUUUAAAAGUGCCAAUUUUCUCCUUGUCAGCAGCCAUGGUAAUAUGUUCAGUAGGGGAGAGGAUUUAUUUUGUUUCAAAGAGGCUUUGGGACUAUCCAAGACUUUAAUUUGUUGGUGGGAUUCCUAGAAUCCACCACCACCGAUACUAAAGAACUGAGUACCCUGGAUAAGUUUGUAAACCUGCAGUUGACUUCUUUAUCCAGUUCUUUAGUUCUAAAUUUAUUGCUAGUUUUAUUUAUCAAACUUAUUCUCUGAGGAGUGAUACUUGCUGUGGCCACAAGGAAACAUCUGUGAAUUUAAAUCGUAGAGGCAGAUAGCCAGUUAGAACAUUUGGCAAAGGAAUCUUAAGGUUACAGAAGGGAAAAAUUAAUCAAGGAAGUCCUCAAAACUAUUGAGAAGGCAAUGAAGAAGGUUGUCUUAUCACUGACACACUGAAAUACCGAUUUCAUAUUAAAAAACGUCAGAAUCCAGGAUGAAUCAACGAGGAGUGUCAUAUUCUGGUGGCCCUUCGGCUGCUGAGCCCUCCGCCGCGCUCCGGGACGGUUUGCGCCUCGCCGCCCGACACUGACCAUGACCAUGACCCUCCACACCAAAGCCUCCGGCAUGGCCUUGCUGCACCAGAUCCAGGCGAGCGAGCUGGAGCCUCUCAGCCGCCCGCAGCUCAAGAUGCCCCUGGAGGAGCCGCAGGGCGAGGUGUUCCUGGACGGCGGCAAGCCCGCGGUCUUCAACUACCCCGAGGGCGCAGCCUACGAGUUCAACGCCGCGGCCGCCGCCUCUGCGCCGGUGUACGGCCAGCCGGGCCUGGCUUACGGUCCCGGGUCCGAGGCGGCCGCGGCUUUCGGCCCCAGCAGCCUGGGGGGCUUCCCGCAGCUCAGCAGCGUGUCCCCGAGCCCGCUGAUGCUUCUGCACCCGCCGCCGCAGCUCUCGCCCUUCCUGCACCCGCACGGCCAGCAGGUGCCCUUUUACUUGGAGAACGAGCCGAGCGGCUACGCGGUGCGCGAGGCCGGAGCCCCGGCCUUCUACAGGCCAAAUUCAGGUAACCGACGCCAGAGUGGGCGAGAGAGAUUGGCCAGUACCAGCGACAAGGGAAGCAUAACCCUGGAAUCUGCCAAGGAGACCCGCUACUGCGCAGUGUGCAAUGACUACGCGUCUGGCUACCAUUAUGGGGUCUGGUCCUGUGAGGGCUGCAAGGCCUUCUUCAAGAGAAGUAUUCAAGGGCAUAAUGACUACAUAUGUCCAGCUACCAACCAGUGCACGAUUGAUAAAAACAGGAGGAAGAGCUGCCAGGCCUGCAGGCUCCGAAAGUGCUACGACGUGGGGAUGAUCAAAGGCGGUAUACGGAAAGACCGAAGAGGAGGGAGAAUGUUGAAAUACAAGCGACAGAGAGACGAUGAAGAAAGGAGGAAUGAGAUGGGGCCUUCUGGAGACAUGAGAGGUUCUAAUCUUUGGCCAAGCCCUCUUGUAAUUAAGCACACCAAGAAGAACAGCCCCGCCUUGUCCUUGACAGCUGAUCAGAUGGUCAGUGCCUUGAUGGAUGCUGAGCCCCCCUUACUCUAUUCUGAGUAUGAUGCUGUCAAACCCUUCAGCGAAGCUUCAAUGAUGGGCUUACUGACCAACCUGGCAGACAGGGAGCUGGUGCACAUGAUCAACUGGGCGAAGAGAGUACCAGGGUUUGGGGAUUUGACCCUCCACGAUCAGGUCCAUCUUCUGGAAUGUGCAUGGCUAGAAAUCCUGAUGAUAGGUCUUAUCUGGCGCUCCAUGGAGCACCCUGGGAAGCUCCUGUUUGCUCCUAACUUGAUCUUGGACAGGAAUCAAGGUAAAUGUGUAGAGGGUAUGGUGGAGAUCUUUGACAUGCUGCUGGCGACAUCAACUCGGUUCCGUAUGAUGAAUCUGCAGGGAGAAGAGUUUGUGUGCCUCAAAUCUAUCAUUUUGCUUAAUUCUGGAAUGUACACCUUUCUGUCCAGCACCUUGAAGUCUCUGGAAGAGAAGGACCAUAUCCACCGGGUCCUGGACAAGAUCAUAGACACCUUGAUCCACCUGAUGGCCAAAGCAGGCUUGACUUUGCAGCAGCAGCAUCGGCGUCUGGCUCAGCUCCUUCUCAUCCUCUCCCACAUCCGGCACAUGAGUAACAAAGGUGUGGAACAUCUGUACAACAUGAAGUGCAAGAACGUGGUGCCCCUGUACAACCUGCUGCUGGAGAUGCUGGAGGCCCAUCGCCUGAACACAUCCUCCAACCCCAUGGGCGGGUCCCCGGAGGAGCCCAGCCAGAGCCAGCUGGCCACGAUAGGCUCCUCGUCCGCACAUUCCUUGCAAACAUACUACGUCUCCCAGGAAGCAGAGAGUUUCCCCAAUACAAUCUGAGAGCUCCUGGCCUCCCCAAGGUUCUGAGAAUCCCUGCAGCCUUUUACCUGUCAUGCAUCUGUUCAGCAGAACUCUGUCUCCUGCACACACUCCGGCAUGCAUCCACUGCCAGUGGCUUUCUAGUAAGAGUAGCAGUUCAUUCGCUUGCUCAGUUCUUAGUGACACGUCUUCUGUUGGGAACAGCCAAAGGGAUUCCAGGGCUAAAUAUUUGUAACAGCUCUCUUCCCCCCUUUGCUACAUUAUUGAGAAUGAGGAUUCCUGUGGCUCAUCAUGACUGAACUCAGCCUGCAUGAGAUGACUGCAUUGAAGCUACUCGUUGAGACCCAGGCCUGGAGAAUAGACAUUUCGCCUCUGCUAAGCACUUUGUAAUGGCUCCAAGAAUAAGCCUCAGGAAAGAAUUUAAAGUGGCUCCUUUAAUUGAUGACUUGGAGAAAGCUAACUCAAGGGUUUGUUAGAGCAUCCUCUUGUAUUCCAAUAGUAAUGCGCCACUUUGUUAAAGUGAUUCUUUGACCUUUUUGCUCCAUCGCAUGGCUUUAGCACAAUAUUUGGUGAUUGUCUGUUCAUUUGCCCUAUAAGAAUACAAGAUGCACACAGGGAAGGAAGAUCCCCUAAUGUCAAGACGGUAUCAACUUAAACACUGACCCCUUGAGCUUGCUUAAGUCGCUAUUGCUAGCUUCCCAGAGUACCACAUAUGUAGGUCACGGGUGCCAGGUGAUUCCUGCUUCCCAGGGACCUGUGGGAAGCAGCAAGUCAGUUUCAGUUCAGUCACUACCAUACAGAUAAAUCUCCCCAUAUAAGGGGCAUGUUUAAUUUUUUGUUGUUGUUGUUGUCUCCCUUUCUGUAAAAGAAAGCCCUCUAUCCCCUGAACUUCCAGCUUUAGGACCAUUCUGGUGGGGUUUCGCACUUACCAGCAGAGGGCGCUCUGCCUGGCUCCUCCUGUGUGAUUUAACCUUGAUGUGUUCAGAGCCCAGCCAUGAUCAAGGGCAAUUUAAAUGAGCUGGCACACUGGUGAUACUUCUAAUUUUUUUUUUUUUUGCUUGUUUUUCUUUAUCCCUGGGGCAUGAAACUAAAUAGUAAAUGUGCAUGGUGGUUGUGGCUGCUAGAGAAUGAGAGGGCAAGUAAAGGAGAAACUGGGUAAAACUCUGGCAGGUUCCCUUUGCUCAGGGUGGCCAGACCACAGACAGCAGGUGGUUUGCAGCUCAUAGAUCCUGCACUGCACAGCAAGGCUGCCCUGGAGUCCACGGAGUGGUUUGCCUCCGUUUCAUCUCCAUGUGGCACUGAUUGGAAGAAGCAGCAUUGGACAGCUGAAUUCUCAGCCCAGCACAUUCCAGGCAGGGGAAGAGGAGGAGGGCAGGGAUUGGAAAAUUCACUCCCUUGGGCUACCUGGGCCUGGUCAGACUACAUAUGCCCUUGGUUAUUCAGAGCUCAUCCAAAAAUCAGCUAGUGGUUUUGGGAAGAAAAUAUCACCCCCUUUCCCCCAACUCACGUCCUUAAACUUCAUAAGCCAGCAGAAUAAGACCAGAAUCACUCCACAAGAAUUCUUUGACCAGCAGGCUAAAAAAAAGAAAGUAUUGGCCCAGCUACAGGGUUGCCUCCCGGAUCUUUGCAUCCCCAGUGCAAUUCUGAGUCAUUUACUUUUCUUAAUGAAAAAGAAAAUUUGAUCUCCUUCCCUGACUUCAUGGUCUGUAAUUCAAACCCAAUUGAGAGGUGAGGUACUAACCAACAGCCCAGGUGAGCUUGAGGCUUUUCUUGGUAUGUUCUGUUUGGAAAAGUGAGUUUCAUUCAUUUCUGGUUUCCUAGUUAAGUGACUACCAAGAGACUGGGAAACCAGGAGGGCCAAAAAAUUUUUUUAAAAAGGUUUUUUCACGUAUGUGCAUCUGAAUUUAGGGGCAAUUUUAUAUAUCUGUGCUAAGAAUAUGUUUAAGAACAUAAUUCUUUGUGGUUUGUUUUUGAAGCACCUUAUAUAGUAUAAUAUAUAUUUUUUUGAGAUUGCAUUGCUUGUUUAUCAGACAACUGAAUGUAAUAAUUCUGUUCUGGAUUUAAUUUGACUAGGUUAAUGUGCAAAAACCAAGGAAAAAUAUUUCAUUUUUUUGUAUACUUUUCAAGCUACCUUGUCUUGUAUGCAGUUUUGAUGCCUAAGUCGGGUGAUUAUUCAUUUAAAUGAAGAUCACAUUUCAUAUCAACUUUUGUAUCCACAGUAGACAAAAUAGCGCUAAUCUACAUGCCUAUUGUUGGAUAUUGAAUGACAAUCUUAUGUAGCAGAGAUUAUGCCUGAAAAGGAAAAUUAUUCAGGGCAGCUAAUUUUGCUUUUACCAAAAUACCAGUAGUAAUAUUUUUGGACAGUAGCUAAUGGGUCAGUGGGUUCUUUUUAAUGUUUGUACUGAGAUUUUUCUUUUAAAAAAUAAAAUAAAAAAAAACAAAAAAAUCUCUAGGACUAUAGAUGAUGUAAUACCAGCUAAAUCCAAACAAUAAUGCCGCAGAAGGUUUUACAUUAUUCAUCUACUGUGUUUGUAUUCAUGUUAAGAUACUACUACUACAUUUGAAAUGGGCAGAGAACAUCAGAUGGUUGAAAUGUUAGCCCAAGAGUUUCAAACAAUUUUUGGAAAUCUCUUUUUAUUCCUAUUUGAAGUGCCAAUAAUGAGCUGCUGAUAUUUUUCAGCCGAUGUUGCUAUAAGGCAUGGGGAUAUGCUAGAAAGCUGUGCCCCUGAUUUUCCUCCACUUUGAUGCAAACUUAAAGCUUGAAAGACAUGAUCUUCUUGGAGGGUUAGAAUAGAGUGAGGAAGUAGAUUUGGGAAUUUGAAGAAUGGGAGGAUGAGGAAUAAGACUAUUGAAAGAGUCUGAUAUCUGGGGUAUGUACGAGGUUUUGAAAUUCCAUUUCUGCACUGUAUCCAAAAUAACUAGCUCUAGUGACUGCCAUUUCCAACAUGGCAGCUCAAGUUCCUGAGAAGAAAGAGUUAUAGACAGUGAUGGCCAAAGAAAAGCUAGAGGUCUGUGUUUCUCUCAGCCACUGUCUAGCUUGCUGCAAUGACUUAGUAGUACUAUCAUGCAGCUGUAAGAGACUAGAUUGUCCAAAGAGAAAAUCUCCAUUGAUACAAGUUGUAAAACUUAGCCACCAAGGAAGUGUAAACUUUCAUUCCCUAGUAGUCUUGCAAAUAUCUUUCACCAUGCCAUAUUCUAUGUCUUUUGGGGACUGAAAAAAAUAAGUGACUUACUGAUAAUUUACUUUUAAUCACAUUAAAAUGUUUUCACUUUGAAAUAGUAUACAUUCAAAUGGUCACUCAUUUAGAGCACCCUUGCUCCUACAUAAAAAUAAUUACAGAUCUCUUCCUGUUCAUAUUUUCCACCUUUGAGAUUGAGUGUGGAUACUUGGAAAGGUCACUGGGACCAUGAUAAUGUCCAUUAUUCACAGGCAGAUCUGCAUGGGGGAAACUAGUUCUUUGAAAAGCAGAUAGAGACAUACAAGUAGCUCAUAAGGCAACCAAGAUUCUCUUUGGUGCAAGUCUUGGGAGGUUGAUCCAGAGUACACUGCACACUUUUUAGAUUAACCCUCCCCCCCAAUUUACUCAUUCUCACCUGGAAGAAACGGAUUUAACUGUGGUCCCAAAUAUCCAUCUUCUCAUUAGUGUGGUUAUGCUCUGUUUCUAGCUUCAUUUUCCAUUUAAAGUGUGAGCUCUUCUUAAGUCACUUAAAAUUGUUUUCUAAGUAAUUGCUGCCUCUAUUACGAUACUUCAAUUUUGCACUGUUUUUCAGAGACUCAAAAAUUUCUAUUCUUUUUUUGUUUUUUGUUUUUUUCAUCCAAAUGUGCCUGAACUUUUUAAAUAUGUAAAUGCUGCCAUGUUUCAAAUCCAUCUUUCAUGUGCAUAUGUGUGUGCAUGUGUGUACAGAGCUGUGCACCCUGGAAAUAACAUAUAGUCCCAUGAGCAGGUGCCUAGGACAUAGACCCCUUUGCAUUGACAGAGAGGUCAUUGGUCAUAGAGACUUGAAUUAAUAAGUGACAUUAUGCCAGUUUAUGUUCUUUCACAGUUUAUAAACAAUGCUUUUUGUGCACUACAUAUUCUUCAGUGUAGAGCUCUUGUUCUAUGGGAAAAGGCUCAAAUGCCAUAUUGUGUUUGAUGGAUCCAUAUGCCCUUGUGCUGAUGCUACUAUUAUUGAUGUGAGUCCAUUCUGUCACAGCUUUGCUUUGUUUAAUGAAACACACUUGUAAACCUUUUUUGCACCUUGAAAAAGUAAAGAAUCCAGCAGGACACUUGAGCACUUCUAAGCCAAUUUUCUCAACCUAUUUGAUGUUCAAAUAAAGAAUAAAGACAACAGAUUUCA